AUGGGAUUAUUUACAAAAUCCACGCAUGAAAAUGCUCACAAAAACUUGGAAAAGAUUGCGUCUUUAAUAAAAGAGAAGAAAGUAAACCAAAUAUGUGUUAUGGUAGGAGCAGGAAUUAGUACUGCUGCUGGAAUCCCUGAUUUUCGAAGCCCUGAGACUGGUAUCUACAAUAAUUUACAGAGAUUUGACCUCCCUUAUGCGGAGGCUGUAUUUGACCUUUCUUAUUUUCGGAAAAAUCCUCGUCCAUUUUACGAAUUGGCAUACGAAUUGAUGCCAGAAAAAUUCAGACCCACAUACACCCAUUAUUUUAUUCGUUUGCUUCACGACAAAGGGUUGCUGAAAAAAUGUUAUACACAAAACAUCGAUACUUUGGAACGAUUAGCUGGUGUUCCCGAAGACUACUUAGUGGAAGCUCAUGGUUCUUUCCAGUAUAGCCGCUGUAUAGAAUGUUACCAAACGUGUGACACGGAAUAUGACUCCCUUCUCGGUUUUUUUGAGGAAAUGGAAGAUGACACGAUGAACUGCGACAUGGCACUCGUCGUUGGAACGAGUUUGCUUGUUCAUCCUUUUGCUGAAUUGCCUGAAGUUGUUUCCGACAAUUGUGAACGUGUUUUGAUUAAUCGUGAGGUGGCCGGUGACUUUGGAGAGCGCAAAAAAGACAUUAUUGUAUUAGGUGAUUGUGAAAUGCAUAUCCGUUUACUUUGUGAAAUGCUUGGUUGGUCGGAAGAGUUGGAGAAACUAACAUCGACGGAUAUUGAUACUUUAGCAGAGGAAAUUGCACAGCUUUCUGUCGAAAAGAAGGCUGAUACUCCUCUCAAUGAUAAAGAGGAGAAGACAAAAGAACAAAACAGGCCUACCUCUUCCUCCUCUUCCGAACAGGUUGCCGAGCAAAAAAAAUCAAAGAAAGAAAAAGAUGAAGUUACUUCGACAUCAUCUCCUCCUAAAAAGGAAGAACCGGUUUCGAAAGGAAGCGAGGAUAAGGAAUAA